AUAGUGAGAUUUUACAAAUGAUUUUCAGCAGCAUUCACUCAUAUCGAUGUGUAUAAAUACUGCGAUGCGGCGGCGGGGCUCAGUCACACUUCUGCGGGGUAGAGAUGACGAGACUGAUCGGUCUGCAAAUGUUCUCGCUGCUGGUCUUCAACGACCACCUGUCCGCCGCCGCCGCCGCCGGGGGGCGCUCCAGGUGCUUCAGCGCGGAGCAGGUGGACCGGAGGAGGCACCCGGGCAGACCGGGACUCGCGGUCGACCUGCAGGACGCGCGGACGUGCGCGCAGACGGCCGCGGACACGCGCGGAGACCUGAGCAACCGCUCCCUGUCCCCGUGGAGGUACAGGCUCAACGAGGAAGACGACCGGAUCCCUCACCAGAUCCUCUUCGCCGAGUGCCUCUGCAGCGGCUGCAUCAUCAACCGGCACGAGGACCUGAGCUACAACUCCGUGCCCGUGUUCGCGCCGCUGGCGGUCCUGAGGACGUCUCCGUGCCCGCGAGACCCCAACAAGUUCACGGUGAACAAGGCCGUCGUCAGCGUGCCGGUGGGCUGCACGUGCGCCGCGCCCAAGUACAUCCUGAAAUGACGCGUGAGGGGGUUUUCAUUAGUCACGGUUGUUUAGCACAGUUUUUAUGUUCGUCUGUUGGAAAUGUGCAGUACAAGUACCUCAAAAUACCGCUCGAGUGCGGUACUCGAGUAAGUGUGCGGCCCGUUCUCUGCACCGGCGCCUCGAACGCGGACGUUUUGGGUCACGGAGCUGCAAGCCGAGGCCCUGUAGCGUCGGUUUUAGACCCUGUAGCGUCGGUAUUAGACCGUGUAGCGUCGGUUUUAGACCCUGUAGCGUCGGUAUUAGACCCUGUAGCGUCGGUUUUAGACCCUGUAGCGUCGGUUUUAGACCCUGUAGCGUCGGUAUUAGACCGUGUAGCGUCGGUAUUAGACCCUGUAGUGUCGGUAUUAGACCGUGUAGCGUCGGUAUUAGACCCUGUAGCGUCGGUAUUAGACCCUGUAGCGUCGGUUUUAGACCCUGUAGCGUUGGUAUUAGACCCUGUAGCGUCGGUAUUAGACCGUGUAGCGUCGGUAUUAGACCCUGUAGCGUCGGUAUUAGACCCUGUAGCGUCGGUAUUAGACCGUGUAGCGUCGGUAUUAGACCCUGUAGCGUCGGUAUUAGACCCUGUAGCGUCGGUAUUAGACCGUGUAGCGUCGGUAUUAGACCCUGUAGCGUCGGUAUUAGACCGUGUAGCGUCGGUAUUAGACCCUGUAGCGUCGGUUUUAGACCGUGUAGCGUCGGUUUUAGACCGUGUAGCGUCGGUUUUAGACGGCAGGUACGUGAUUGUUAGCGGGCGACCAGCCUCGGGUUCUUCAUCGGUCGCGGAAGAAAAAAAAAACAAGAUGGAGGACGCUCGCCCUCGUAGUUUACGUAUCGACGAGCUCGCCGACGUGACCGCUGGAGCGCGGAGGCACGCGGCCUCCGACAGGGUGUCUGUCCUGUCUGACAUUUUAAAAGCUCAGGACAGACAGAAAGAAAACAAGCUCCUUCUCCAUUUUUCUACAGUGGGAGAUUCUCUCUCUUUGGUGGGAACAAUUGGGAAAAAAAAAAAAAACAGAACGGCGAAUUUGGCAAAUUUACGACGCGCGUAAAAAAAAUCCAGGAGGGCGCUAGCUGUUCCCACCUGUUUCCACUCUUUAUGCUAAGAUAAGCUAAACGUCAGGAGAGUGAACGCGCAUAUUUCUCAAAAGGUCGAGCUAUUCCUUUAGAACGGGACACACGUUACUUAAAGACUUUAAUACUUUAUUUUUUUAGACACUGUUACGUGCUGUUUAAUAUUUGACGUACGCCUCAUUAGGAGAAAUGUGAGGAUUGACGAAUUAUUAAGUAUGAGUAUAUAUUACAUAUUACUGUGAUCGAAUGUGACGUCGUCUUUGUUUUCUGUGAAUGUCGCCCUCUGCUGGACUGAAUGUGUAACACCUCUCUGGAGGUUAAAAUUUAAAAACGUUUAUCUACUCGUUAAAGUAAAUAGUUUUUCCACCUUAAGGACAUUAAGGUGUUGAGUCAUGUGACACCCCUCUUCACCGGUCUAGUGAAUAGUUGAAGGCACAAAGAAGCCUCAUCGUCCCCACCAGGAAAUAAAAGGUUUUCUCUGGG